AGUAACUUGCUCUGACAGUGGCUGGAUCAGCACCUGCUGCUAACUAUAACUCCCUUUUCUGCUGGACCCAGACUGGGGCUCUACUGCCAAACCACAGCAGGGGAAUAAAAAAAUACCGGUCAGAUUCAUCGAGUCCGUGUUCUGAUGAAGCUUAGAGGGAGGGGGGAGCUUGUCUUCCACUCAUCUGUUUAAAAUCAUUCCUUUUUAAUGUGGUGGCACUUGACACUUAGGGUGGUGCCUCUUGUAUUUGGACUGCGUGGACUGUCUUACUGCAGUGUCGGAUGAAGCAGUGGACCUUGCUGGGUUCCCCUGCACGACUGUGCGAAGGCUCUCCUGGAGGAUCGCUUCCUAGGGAGUGGCUUUACUUCACCUGAAGUUGCCACACAACACAUGACUUGGAUGGUAAAUAGAGCGCUUUGGUCUUGGAUCCUGGAACGAGAAGAUGGAGAGGUGGUCAGAAGAGGAGGACAGCUUCUCUGUUGUCCAUACUGUGCCAAACAGCUUCAGUAUGCGCAAUGGGGAUGGGCCAGACCGUGUGGAGAUCUUUGAUAUCAUCAGUAUCCCCAGUCACCACAGCACCAUCUCAGAGACUACUUGUCUGUGUGACAUCUUUGGAGAUGACUGUGACACACCAACACUUUCUUGCAGCCCUGCCUCGGGGUCCUUAACUAAGGAAGUGGAUGAUUUUUCCCUCGCAGAUGACACCAAUAAUGAUUCAUCAGGUUCUUAUCACACAGCUCUCUGCUCUGAGCAGUUGAGUGAUUCCAGUGAAAACUAUGAAGAUUCUAAAGAAACCCUUUCUCCUUCACCUCCAGAAACUUCUUUAUCAUCUAAUCCCAUACCUGCUGAAUCUGAUAAUGUCAGUUACUUCCUUGACCAUCGUGGCAGUUCACGCAUAUCAGAAAAUGGAGAAUUUUCACCUCAGUGCACGAGCAGUGCCUUUUUGUCAGACAAUAAUGUUACCAAACAUCCAUUUGAGCUCAGAGAGAUGAACUACAAUCCUGAGGAUACAACAACCUUUCCCAGUCCUGGGAGCACAUCCCCUUCCUUCAGUCACCAUUCUCUGUCACACUCACUUGAGCCUAGGCCUGCAUCUGGCUCAUGCAAACCUGAGACAAAAUCUCCCUCACCCAGUCUCAGUACCACAUCAGAAUCAAAGGUGAAAUUACCCCCACUUGAAUCCAGAGUUACAUCCACCUUAACCAAACCGAGGGUUGCAUCUAAUUCACCCAUUCCUGGGGCUUUGUGUUCUCUACCCCAACCCGAAGGUACAUCCCCUUCACCAAAAUCCAGAGCGAGACCUCCCUCACCAAAGUUAAGUGUUACAUCAUCUCAAACAACAUAUGAAGGUUCAGUGUUUUCCCUAGAAUCUAAAGCUAGAUCAUCCUCACCCAAAUUCACGAAUACAUCCCCCCUAAACAAAAUUGAAGGUACAUCCCUUACACCCAAGUCUGAGAGUAGGUCCCCUUCGCCAAAGCCUAGGGAUACAUCCCCAACAGCCAGAUUUGAAGGUACAUCCCCUACACUCAUAUCUGUGCCUAGAGUCCCAUCACCAAAACCCAGGGCUACAUUUCCCAUGACUAAUUGUGAAAGUACAUCCCUUUCACCAAGAUUCAGGCCUGGAUCCUUGUCACUGAUAUGUAGAACUACAACCCCCUCACCUAAACCUGAAGCUUCAUCUUCUUCACUGAAACCCAAAGUUAGAGCCUCUUCUCCUAAACCUGAAGACACAUCUCCUUCACCAAAAUCUGAGGUCAGAUCUCCCUCACCAAAACCUAGGUCUGCACACCCCUCAACCAAACCUCAAGGUUCAUCUCCUUCACCAAAACACGAGAGUAGAUCCCCUUCACCAAAACACACGUCAACAUCACCUUCCACCAAACCCAAAGAUUCAUCUUCUUCACUGAAAGCCAAAGUUAGAGCCUCCUCUCCUAAACCUGAAGACACAUCCCCUUCACCAAAAUCUGAGGUCAGAUCUCCCUCACCAAAACCUAGGUCUGCACACCCCUCAACCAAACCCCAAGGUUCAUCUCCUUCACCAAAACACAAGACUAGAUCGCCUUCACCAAAACACAGGUCAACAUCUCCCUCUGCCAAACCUAUAGAUUCAUCUUCAUCACUAAAACCCAAAGUGAGAGCAUCCUCCCCUAAACCUGGAGACACAUCCCCUUCACCAAAAUCUGGGGAUAGAUCUCUCUCACCAAAACCCAGGUCUGCACACCUCUCACCCAAACCUCAAGGCUCAUCUCUUUCACCUAAAGCAAAGACUAGAUCCCCUUCACCAAAACACAGGGCCACACCACCAUCAGUUCUCUGUACUAGAUCUACUCUAACCCUUUCACCUCAUGCAAGGGCUACAAGUCCCUCAGCAGAGUCAGGAAACAACACCAGCAAUACCGACCUAUGGGCUGAAUGCAAAACUUUUCCCAAGCACAAAGUAAAUACCCCACAAGAUUUGUACGCACCAAAUGCAGCCCUGACUUGUCCCUCUGGUAGCCAAGAGAACCUGCACAAGGAGAUCUACUGCAGCCCCGAACAACGUGAAACAGGAGUGAGCACCAAACUAGCCAACAUUUUUCAGCAGCCAAACAAAAUUGUUACAUCUGCAGGAAGUCCCUGUGCUAGUUUAAGUAACAGGAAGUCUAUCAGCAGAGAGUGCAACAACCAGCAAUGUAGGGACGGGGAGAGGGAGGAGGGGGUCGUGAGCGGGGGAGAGGAUCAGUGGGGAGAAGAAGGGGAGGGUAAGUGGGGGGUGGCCAGUUACAGAGAGGAACAGGUUGAGCUGUCAUUCAGUGCUAGGAAUAGAAAAGUGCCUGCAAACCACAGUGUGACAGCCACAUACAGACAGCCACUGUCGGGAAUGACAGCUCGUUGUUAUUCAGAGUGUCUCCUUGCAACCCAGCAACUGCAGCACCAGAACUCAGUCAAGCCUCAGGGCUCAGAGGACGAGCACCAAGUUUGCUCUAGGAAGUCCAAACUAAUACCAAGGACUUUGAACAGCGGUUUCAGCUCCAUUGCUCCGGACUACUCCAGUGAAAACUCCAGCAUGGGCAGUGAGUUAGAUGAGACUGACAACGAGGUGAAGUGGUUCACAGACUUGGCCUUCAAGAGCUUGUCAAGCCCUCAGGUGGACUACCUGGAUGUCUACAACUCCAGUCACAGGUCUUCCACUAAUGUCUCACAGCAAUCCACCGAAGACAUCACUGGUGUCAAUGCCUGGUCAGCAUAUGCAGACCUCCGUGGCUCCACACGUCAUGAAAAUGAUGAUCCAUCUCGCCAUGCACCCUCUCUGCUGCCUUUAAGCCGCCUUGACAGAGCAAAGCGCUUUGAGAUGGGAAGUUUUGAGUGUGUGGAUGUAGCUCUGGAGAGCCGGGACGAGACACGCAGGGGUAAGAGGACUGUUCCAAAGAGACAGAUCCAACUAAAGAGACGUGACACCAGUGAAUCUCGAGCUAGUGAGAAUAGCGAAGUUACAUCUGAGACUGCAUCCACAACUAGACAUUCAAAAGAUAUACUUUUGCGUCAGCAUAGCACUCCAGCUGCCAUGCAGGAAGAGACCUUCCAACCCAAAUGUAAUGUAGGUUCAAGUGAUAGGAAGCAGAAGUUACAAAAGUCCUUGUCUUUGGAUGAGACUUCUGGCAAAACCAAAAUGGCUACGUGUUUCAUCAAAAGUGUUCUCUCUAGGAAGAUGCAGCAUGAAACCAAAUUCACAAACCAGCAGGUGCCAGUACAGAAUGGGAAAGUCAGCCCUUCCGUGACUAUGGAGAAAUCAUCAGGAACAUCUCAAUCACCACCUUUUAAACAGUCAUCAAAAACAGAAUUGUCCAGCAUAAGCUCAGGAUUCCCGUCAGACUGCAGUUUAUCCUCAGAAGACCUACAACGAGCAGAGCCAAACUUACCAUCUGACUCCAACAAACAGCAUGGAAGCUUUUCCUCCAGUACCCAUCAGAGAUCCUCCCAUAAAUCUAGCCUUAGCCCUCUUCCGAGUGGCAGCGUGGGAUCUGACUCUCAGAGCAGCAUCUCAGCGAGGUCGGGGAUAAGGUCUGAACUUCUCAUUCCUUUUGAGAGUAUGAAAAAGGAGAAACAGAGCCCUAGAGAAGAAGAACAGAAGCUAGUUAAGAGCGACCCGUGGGAGAAAAACUCUAGUGACUCAGCAAAUACCAGUACAGGGAACACAAGUGCUGCUGCCACUCGAAUCCCAAGCAUGCGGAGUGGAAUGACAAACAGAAAGGACGAACGCCGAGUGAAGCCAGCAAACCAUAAACAGACUACCAGGAACAUCUUUUUGUCUAAAACCCCAGAAAUAACACUCAAAGCAUGUGUUGCUGGAGAAAAGGAAAAGGCUUCACGUCUGACUCCUGAUCUGGAGAUAAUGCCAGCGGAGAAUCCUGAAACUCUUAUACCUAGAAAAACGGAAAAACAGGGUGAAACAGUGGACAACAAGAGUGAAGAUGAAGCUGAGAAAUGGGUCGAUAAUGAUACUAACAAAAAAGGCCUAAUGGUCAAAGUAAGAGACGUGCGAAAGCUUGUGAAAAACACCUACAACUUGUCAUUUAAGGCAACUGCCCCAUCAACAGAAGACCGUGUUUCCCCAGGGCGAGAGAAGAAACUAACUCCACCGAUGCAGAUUGAAUCCAAGGCUAUCGGCAAGAAGGAUGACAAGGUAGUAGGUAGUGCUGCAGCUGAGAAUGAGAAAGUGGACAAGGUUCUAGUGUCUGAUGUGACAUUAAAACCACAGGCUCCUCAAGAAAAAGUCACAGAAAUAGCUUCGCUUUGCUUCACGCCCAAGAACGCUUUGACUGAGGAGGUCUCCAUGUUGGAAUCUAAUAUUAAGACAUCUGAUGGGCAGACUUGUGCAGUCAGUACUCUCACUGAGGCAGAAUCAAACAGCCUUGCAGAAAAUGCACAGAUGGGGGCUGAAAGACUCUCUAAGGUGAAAAGUCUGCCUAAGUUCCCCAACAAGGAAAGGGAGAUCUCUACGCUGAUUCUUCUGCAAGAUGGGCAAACUAAUGAUGGACAGGACCCAUCAGCUCCACCUCCACUGAGUUUAACUACCACGAGCAGCAGUCGCUCAGUGUCCAUGCUCUUGAAGGAGAAGGGUUUCCAGGCUGACAUAGGACUUUGUGAUAUUCCGAAUGACAAGAAAAACACCAUUACUAAGCAUGUUAACAGGAUAGAAGUGCCUUUGCAGAGCUGCUCAGUGGAAGAAAAUGUUUCUGGGCAGCAGAAAGGGGCAGCACUGCAUUCUGUUACAACCCCUGAAAGAGCUGCUUCUCCUCAGCCAUCGCCGUUUGUGGAGAUUAAAGAUGGACUUCACCAGGAAGAUCCUACUGUAUCAAGAACGGUGGAGCUGGAAAAUGCAAGCCUUGAAUCUCCAGAGAAGGAGACCCAAGCAGCAGCCUGCAAUACACAAAAAACAACUGUGUCAGAAACAUCUAGAUACAGACAGCAAGAAUCUAUUACUGAAGAAACACGUACCACCAGCUACGUACAGAAGUCGACAAUGCUGGCAACAUCUGCAAACAUGCAUCAACCUGCAAUAACAGCAACAUUCAGCUAUCAGCACAGUCCAGGAAUUCCUGAUUCCCCAGAGAAAUCAAAAAUAUUAUCUCCAUCCGAACAGCCUUCGACAAGCAGUUCAAAGCAAUCAACAGUUUCUACAACUCAAGAACCAAGCUACGCAAAGCAAGCAGCACAGACAGCACCAUUCCGAAAUCUGAGGCAUUCAGACAAACCUCAUUUUUAUGCAUCUGAUGACCCUCCGAGCUAUGACGAGCGGGAGAGCUUCAGCCCACUGUUGCUGACAGACCUCCCAGCCAGACGGCCUCGUCGAUACCAUCCCACAAGUCAUGAUCCUCCAUGCUCUUCCACUUCAGAGAGCACAUUGACUCCCGCUCAUCCCAGCCCUCGACCAUUUGGUCUCGCUCUUCCUCCGUCACCGCCAGUACGUACACUGGAUCCAUCCUACCCUCUCGCUCUUCCACUAUCCCGGCAGAGCCAACACAGAUCAGAUGCCCAGUCCCUCAGCAGCCAGCCUCCUUCACCUCAAACUUCUCAACCCAGUGACCCUCAGGCUCCCAUCAUGUUCCAUCCACUUCAGCCUACACCUGCUGUGCCAUCUUGUCCUGGCCACCUCCUGCAGCCUUGCCCUGAAGACAGCAAACAGCCUCCUCCAAGCCUGCGAGGGGACAGACGAACAGCGCACCAACGCCCACCCCCACUGGCCACUCAGCUAGUAGGGAGUGGCCCUUACAGUCACCAUGGUCACUCGCCCAGUGUUCCCUCCUUAGAAGCACGGCCCCAGUACCUGUGCAGUCCACAAGGCUUUGCAACUUCUUACAGCCCAGAGUACGGCAGCGAGAGCACAGGGAGCGGUGGGGUUCUGUACCCUGAGAGCGGAAGUGGUGUUGCAUAUGGACAGAACCCUCGACGUGUUCUGCUUGACCCUGAAACAGGAAAGUACUUCUACAUCGAAAUGCCGGUGCAGCCACUACGCAAGAUGCUGUUUGACCCAGAGACCGGCCAGUAUGUGGAGGUUCUUAUCCCACAUCAGACUAUUUCCCACUCUGGCCUUUUCCCCCCUUCCGCUGUCCCUUACCCUUCUCUGCACAGCCCCAGCAUGUACACUCCGCAGUACCUGCCCUACUCUGCCCCACGUCACCCUGCUACUCAGCCCACUCGACAUCCAGAGGGCCCCCCACCCCCAGGACUUCACCAGAAUGAGGCAGGAUUUGGAAGCUCGGAGACCCAGAGUCCAAAACCAGAAGUGCAAAGCCACGCUCCACUGGAUCAGAGCUACCUGGAGAGCAUGUAUUACAUUCCCACUGGGAUGACUGCAAGUCCAAAUCCCACAUCACCGGACUUUUACCACAAAUUGCCUCCUGGCCUGCCUAACUCAGGGGCUAAACGGUCUUGAAAAUCUUUAACGUUGCGUGGAAAAUAUCCGAAAUAAAACCACGGGGAACUUCAGCAAUAGUGCGCUCAGCUUAUGUAAGGGUGAGUAUUUUACCAGAUUUUCAACUCUUUGUUCCCCGUCUCCUUUUGUGUACUAUAUGUGAUGAUCAUUGGAGUGAAAAAUAACAUUCACAUGAUCUGAAAAAAAAUAUGUAAGGAUUACUUGCAGUUCACCAUAAACUGACAAUGAGGGAAGCAAGUGAACGUCCAACGUAUGAUAUCGAAAGAAAGAAUAGAAAGACCUGUUAGGGCAAACCACCCCCUGUGUUGUGUUUUAACUCAGGGACGCUUCCAACCAUUUCUCUGCAAGCCCCUCCUCAAGUU